AUGUCCGCAUCAUCUUCUUCAACAUCAUCGGCCGAUGAGCAAACUAUCUACGACGCCAUCGGAGGCAGCAAGGCCAUGGAGCUGGCCGUCGACGUGUUCUACACGAAGGUGCUGGCCGACCAGCGCGUCCACUUCCUCACCUUCGCCCUGGGCGGACCCUACAAGUACAACGGCCGCGCCAUGCGCCUGGCCCACCGCCGGCUGGUCGAGCGCCAGGGCCUCAACGACUCCCACUUCGACGUCAUCCUCGAGCUGCUGAGCGGGACCCUUCGCGAACUGGCCGUCGACGAGCGCCACAUCGAGCAGGUCGUGGCCAAGUGCGAGAGCAUUCGCGACGACGUUCUCUGCCGCGAACCAGCCAAGCCGAUGGAAGACGAGCCGAAGACGAUGGAAGUGGAGGAGAAGGAGGUGAAGUGGGAAAGAGUGGCUGGGCUUGUCGUGGUCGCGGCGGCCUUGCUUGUCUAUCUUCUUCUGGCAUCUUCUCAAUAA